AGAGAGACCGUCCCACCCCCUUUCACAGGCGAUUGGCUUUGAGUGAAUGAACGAAUGAAUGAGACGAGGAAGACAGGAGGGAGGGGAUUGUGGGUAAUGCGUCAUAGGCUGGCAAGGGCUCAUAUAAGCGGCUGUAGAGCAGGAGAAAAGAGAGAGAGAGAGAGAGAGAGUGAGCUUAGAACAGGCUGGAACACAGCUUUUUUUUUUUUCUCUCCACACCCAAAUCUCUGGAAAAUUCCUUCAGCUUGCACGGCGUUGCAGAGCCGGCUGAAUGAAAAAGGGUUGAAUUAGAAAGGAGAGGAAAAGGGUUUGGAUGUCGCUGAGUGACACAUGGACUCUGCGCCUGUCGCCGGAUACUGAAGACUUGACAGCCUGUCCGUCACCUGCACCCCAUCACCGAGAGCGGCCUGACACAGGUGAACGACGACCACAAUACAUAACCUUGGAAUCUGGGUUAGGAGGGCACGCGCAGACCCGUGUGGCUCAGAGGCAGCACGGCAGCCCUGUGGCAUCGCUCGCUGGUUUCUGCUGUGAAGAGAGAUCGACAACACUGGAGUUUCACCAGUAAGAAGAUCCGAGAGGAAUAAGGUGGAAAGCCAGAUAAGCUGGAACCAGCGGCGGAAAAAGACUAUUUCCUGUUUGGGAGCGGCGAUUACUUCCUGGUGGCCUGUCACCCUGGGGAAGGCAACACCCCCCCGACCCCCCCGACUCCCCCCUUCCUCUUCAUCGCCAUUACCGUCGUCAUCCUCGCCGCCUCUGCACUCCCUCUCGGCCUCCCGUCGCCCUCUGACCUCGGGCAUCAGGUGGAGAAGGUUUCGCCUCCCUGGACUACCCAUCAUGCACAUCAAGACCACCAAGUGUAACCGCUUCUGCCUGGUCGCCUCGGUGACCAACCAGGAAGUGUUUGACCGGCCUGAGGCCCAGGCCAACUUCGAGGCCUUGUUCCGUCCGUUUGACCCGGAGGUCCAGUUCCAGUACUUCAAGUCUUUCCGUCGGAUCAGGAUAAGCUUCGGCGAUGCUCUGGCAGCGGCCGAGGCGAGACUUCGACUGCACAAGAGCGACUUCAACGGCAAGGAGAUGAGACUCUAUUUCGCCCAGUCCGUCCACAUAGGAAGUCCUCGUCUGGAGCCUCCUAAGCCAGAUAAGCAGUUCCUGAUCUCCCCCCCUGCGUCGCCUCCAGUCGGGUGGGAACAGUCUCAGGAUGCCACGCCGGUUAUCAACUAUGACCUGCUGUGUGCCAUCUCCAAACUAGGACCAGGUGAUAAGUAUGAGCUCCACACCGCCACGCCCACCACCCCCAGUGUGGUCGUCCACGUUUGCGAAGACGAGCGCGGCGACAGCUCCGGCCCCGAUGACAGCGACCAAGAGGAUAAGCCCCGCCCACCGCGCCCAAAAAUCAUCCAAACCCGACGUCCCGACUACACGCCCAACGUCAAGCAGUGAGCGGCGGCGCUGUUCAAACGGCUUUAACAUUCAUCCAGAAGUGAUUCGAUUUGUUAAGAGCAAAAAAUAAUAGCUCGCAGAGCUUGAAGAAGGUUUUGGGACUUUUGAUGCGCCUGAACACUAGAGGGUGCUGUGUUGUCCCGUAGACGUGCAUUUCAUAAGAAAAAGAAGACGGAGAGCAAGAACAUCGUAUCUAAUGCUGCAUUCAUGUCCCAUGGGAAAGACGGUAGAUAAUGAUCUUCCUGCUUGACCAUGGUGUUUGGUGAAGGACCCUGAUUUCUCUGACGUCACCAAUGAGGAAACGCCUGUGGUAAAAUGUAGGGAAUUUUGUAUUUAUUUCAUGUAACACCAACUAAAUGAAGAUGUGAUCACAACUUAAAAUGCCAUGGCGAGAAGCUACCAGUUAGAUUUUUGGUUUGUGUUUGACAUUGUAAUAUUUGGUUUGCUGUAAUAGACGAACUCCAUGACAUCAUCACUAAGUGAAGGUGUGGUUACGUGUGGAAAAAGUCAAUCUGAAGAAACUAGAGAAAACUGCUAUUAUGGCGUCUUGAUUGUUUUCAAACCAUCUUUGAAACGUCGAGUCACUCUGAUGGUCGUUCCCAUGCGACAUGAAUGCAGCAUCAUUAUGUCGAGUCAUGUUUGCGUUUUCUAUAGUUUUGAACUUAACGGACUGACGGAGGAGGCGAACUUGGAGGAAAGAGAGAGAGAGAGAGAGAGAGAGAAAGAGAGAAGUUGAUUUUUUUGGAAAGGAUUUGUUUUGAUCAUUUUUUCGACUGUUAUGGAUCCAUUUUUGCUAGGGUGCUAUAUUUAUGUCAGUCAGUUGUAGAGGUUCAAGAGCUUGAGUUUAAACACGAGACAGGAGGUGUUUCUGUUUCUUUUCUUUUUAAGUUUUCCUUCACAACUGUAAACUCUCCCCUCCAUCCAUUAUUAUUACGAAGAUUCCUCAACAGGACAUCUUGGCACUGCAACUUCUGAUUGUGCUUUGCGAUUGUUUGCUGUCACAGCGUCACCUCUGCAGCUUGUUUCUUUGUGGUGGCCAUUUUGGGUCUUACCUAACACAUGGUACAAUAAAUAAAAGCUCACUUCAUCCAUGUUACACAGGCAACCUCCUGGUGUAUACAAAUUUCUCACCCAAUUAUGAUUUCUAAUAAUGGUAAUUGGGCAUCUUUUUACCUUUGGCACCAUGCAUGUACCUGUUUUGGUUGUGGUGUAGGUUACUGUGCAAAAAAAAAAAGUCCCAUUUGAUAUUUAAUGUUAAAAGUCCAAACUUUUAGGACUGCUUUUUGGGGUUCGGCUCGGAUUUAAAUGGAGCUAAAUCACAGUGUUUCAUAUUGCAUCUUUCUAGCAGCAGUGGGUAGACCUUUUCCUUUUUGAAUGUAGGACCCCAGCCCUGGGUAAUGUGAGGGCUUAACUUAUGCUAACCAUAGUUUCUCUCUCAUAUAUUAAAGAAAAAAAACAGGGCUAACUCUUUUCUUUUCUUUUUAUUUUUUUUUACUUGGGUUACUCCUAGAAAACUACUUGAAAGAGUAUUCUAAAAGCUGUGUUGAGUCUCUCGGCAAAUAUAGGCCAUUCUGUGUGUGAGGGGGGGAAAAAACACAAAAACCUAAAAGCACUGUUUCUCAAACUACGACUCAGGGCCCGAAUUAGCUUGCUGGCCUGUUUCUUGUGGGUCCCCAUAUGCUAAGAGUGCAAGUGUGUUUUCAGAAAAGUAGUUCCCAGGGCAACGUUUAAAAAAAAAAAAAAAAAAAAAAAUCGGUUUUGGUCCCAGUUGUGACGAGGGAUUCAUGUCUCGUCGUGCUCAUACAGGACAUCUGUGACGCUUGUGCAGCACCACCGUAUGUAGGGAAAUGUGCGUCGUCAUCGUGCAUGUGUGUGGGCGUGUCGCACUGAUGGACAGACAGGUGUGUGAGUCACUGCUUCCCCAUGCACUGAAUACGUAGGGUGUGCACCGGCCUAUUUGGUGGAGCUGCCACUCUGCUGCCAAGAAUUUCGUGACCACUGGUUUCACUUGAGUGCUGUGACGUCUCUGACAGGGGGUCUGCAAACAUUUUCACAUCAUGGACCUCCGCAUAGACCCAUGUUCGUCCAAUGAUGGCGUUAUUGUUUAGUACUGAUUUGUAGAGUUGUCAGUAAUAUUGUUGAAAGUCAAACCUAGGAUUACAGUAGACAUAUGUCCUAAGACUGGGAUAAUUUCUACUGAAUUAAGUUCUGCUCGAGGCCCCCUGGAAUAAUCCCUGGUCAAUGAAAUGAAUUCAGCUACCCUCAGAGCAACUUGACAAAGCUGCGAUAUCGAAACGCAGAGCAUUUGUGCAGCAGCAGCCUUCGUCCGUGUCUUGUUUUUCAGGACGAAGCAGCCGCUGCAGCUGAAAAAUGUUCAUUGCUAAACGUCGGUUGUUAACCUCAGAGUAGCUGUCUUCGUUUCCAUUUGUGCACCUCAAAGGCACGACAAGAUCAUUUCUUUUUUUUUUUUUCUUUUUUUUUUGCCCUUAAGUGCUCCAGCCGAUGGUGAUUUCUUGGAAACACUGGUGUGAACAGAUGAAGUUGUGUGUGAUGUUGCUGUUGGGCUGUGUUAUAUGUAUACCAUUGCUGUGUGUUGGCUGUUCUGCUAUAUUCUCUCGAUAUGUUUGCAUCACUCCUUUAAAAAAAAAAAAAAAGUUCAGUCGCAACAACGAACAGUGAGUAAAAAAAUGUGAGGACCACCUUCCUAAUAUUGUGUCACCUCAGUAAAGUGUCUCCUCCUGGUCAUGAUGCAGUUCCUGGUUCACAUUAAGACUGGAUUUACGCUGAAUGUGAGCUGCUGUUCCUGACUUAUUGGAGACUAAUUUCUUGUAGGCUCUGAUAUCUCACCUUUUGCAUGAAUACAAUUAGCAGACGUUUCAGUGAAUCUGUCGGUCUUAGCAGUGCACAAUGACAUAGUCAAUACAGUCAGCUGCACAAGUAAUUUAUCUGGAUUUUUAAAAUAAAUCAAAUGUGGCAUAAAUGUGGAAUUUCCCUUUGUAGUUAAAAUAAUUCAAAUUACCAACAAUAAAUCCCCACUUUCAUGUGUUUUUUCAAAGCAACAGCAGCCCACAGAGCUCCAAAGAGGAACAGGGGAUUUGUCAUAAAAACUACAGACUUAUGUAAUGUGGCACAUCAUGACAUUUGCUGAACAGAAACUGCAUAGAAAUGGCCAUAGACUUAAACCAACGAAUCCUCUGGUAUCCCCAAGUUUCAACACUUGAACACAAGAAGUAGAAAACUGCAGUUUUGCAAAGACGUACCAAAUGACAGCGGCAGAACGUACUGAGAUGAAAGAAAAAUAAAUGAUUUCACGAGAAAAGGCGGUGGUCCCACUGUUUCUUUACACGGUCUGUCAGACACACUGUUGUUGUGCGGAGCUAGCCGAGCUGUUUAUCUUCCUCCUUCACAUAUUUCAAAUAGCGAGAACACACUUUGCAUGUGCAUUUACAUGGCUCUCUGUCUUCUUCUGUGGCCGGUAUUGUCCAUUGUCUUGGCUUGAAAAACUGUAUUUUCCAUUUUUGGGGCUACUUGUCUCAACUGAUAAUGUACCAAGUGUCAAAUAAUGUAAUAUACCAGGGCGAUUUAAAUGGGUUGAAAAUGGAAUAAAUCAUCACCUCUUCACAUGGAUAAUGAACUGACUGACAGAUACACCACACAUCAUGUGGUAAUGCUGGUUAAUAUUAAAAGGAGAACGUGUGUGUGUGUGUACAUUUUGACAUGUUACAUUGUUUGACAGUAAUACGAGUGUCAGUUGCUACAGGCUUUUUGUUCUGGUUCUGACUGCUUGACCCAACUCGUUGUUGUCAUGUUUUUCUUCUCCAAGAGAACUCGUCUUCAGGGUCCUGGGAGAAGGACUGGUGUUAGCAGCACUGUGAAAUGCAUGAUGCACUGCCAGCACAUGAAAAGAGCUCAUUUGUCCCAGAAUAGACGGUUGGACGUUACAUUAGGCUUAGUCAACUUAGCUACUUUUUUACGACUGGUCUUUUCAGUUCAUAUAUCUUAAAAACCAGUAAUUAACUUUAUUGAGUUACCACUGAAUAAAGAUUUGACCAUCUACUAAA